UCGUGAGGAGCACAGGCACACUCUGACUGGAUUCUAUUUGGAGCUUUCAAAUUAUUUGAAAAGGAUUCAUUUUGUUUAUGACUUCCUUUUUAUUUUGGCGUACGGUUGAUUAGACUUUUUGGUGGCAGCGUCUUGGACAACAGGCCGUAAGAAUUGGACUUUGUCCUCUUUGAGUUCUGUACUGGAUUUGUAUACCGUUUGAAUGCUGAAGUUGGCAGGUGACCCUCAGAAAAGCGGAGGUGAGGUGCUAACGAUGUGGAUCCCAACCCCCAGCAUGACUCUCCCUCAGCGGUUGGUGCUGUACGGGACAUGUGUGGUGGCAUUGAUGAACUCUGUGGGCCUCCUGGUGCUCCUGGUCCAGCAGAAUCAGCAGCGAGCCCUGCUGCAGCAAGCAGAGGUGAAGCUGACGGAGGUGGAGCAGAGCUCCGUGGUGGAGUUCCUCCAGGAGGUGCCGAGAGGAGCAGCAGCUUUGCGGGCUAGGGCGGGGGAACAUCCGCAAUAUCAGUCCCAGUUUUCCAGGAAUAAGAGAAGUGAAGAGCUGGAGAAGGAGCUACAGCAGGAGAUGCAGGAGCUCCACCAGGUGGAGGGACAGGAAGUCAGCCAGGAGGUCAGCCAGGAGGUGGGAGAGGAAGCAGAGAAGAAGAUGAAGAAUGAGAUGAAGCACAAACAUCGACAGAGUUACCCCAAGGCACACCUUCAGGACGACAUGAUGAUGAUGAUGACCUACUCCAUGGUCCCGAUCAAAUUGUUGAUUGACAUUUGCAACAGCACCAAGGGAGUCUGCAUUGCAGGACCACCGGGACCGCCUGGUUUGCCCGGUGUGGACGGUAUGCCCGGCUACAAUGGGACUGAUGGCAUUCCUGGACUGAAUGGACUGCCCGGGGCUGAUGGGAAAAGAGGAAAAAAAGGUGAGAAAGCAGAACCAGGUGAAAAAGGGGAGCGAGGAGAGGCCGGCCCGCCUGGAGAGAAGGGACAACCGUCGAAUGACGUCAUUAUUGAGGGUCCCCCUGGCCCUCCAGGUCCUCCCGGGUCCCCAGGACCUCCUGGCCCUCAGGGGCCUCCAAGAACAAGGCACCACAGAGCCAACCUUCAGGCUGCUCAUUCCAUGGGGCUGUUACACGCAAAUCCAAAUGAUGGAACCUCCUCUGCGAAUGCUUUGAAACUACAUGAGAAGCCAGCUAAGAAGAACGAGUGCCUGAUCAAGUCUCUGAUCAACCCCAGGAAUGUGUCAAAGAUGGAGAGCACAUUCGGCGCGUAUAUGAGAGACACCGCUGAGCUGAACGAUGAACGAAUUUGGGUGGCAGAACACUUUUCUGGUCGUGUGAUAAAGGAGUAUAAAAGCAUCGCCUCCUUCCAGAACAGCACCAGCGAGAUUGUGGAUGUUAAAAAGUUCUACCAAGGCUGCGGCCACACUGUUCACAACGGGUCCUUCUAUUAUCACAUCGCUGGUACUUCCAGCAUUGCCAGGUUUGACUUUCACACCAAGAGGCUUCACACGCUCACUAUAGAAAACGCUUUGUACCACAACCUCGCCUACCUGCUCCACAACUCCAAGACCUAUUUCAAACUGGCAGCAGAUGAGAACGGCUUGUGGCUGAUCUUUGCCUCCAGCGUGGAUGAGAGCAUCACGGUGGCCCAGCUGGACCCGAAGACCUUCUCCGUCACAUCCUACAUAAACACCACCUACCCGCGCACCAAGGCCGGCAAUGCCUUCAUUACCUGCGGUGUCCUGUAUGUCACAGACACAAAAGACGCCAGAGUCACCUUUGCUUUUGAUCUGCUGAAGGGGAAGCCGGUGAAUGUGACCUUUGACCUGAGGUCUCCAGGUGGGGUGCUGGCGAUGCUCUCCUACAGCCCCAAAGACCGACACCUGUACGUGUGGGACCAGGGCUACGUCAGGCUCUACGUGGUCCACUUCAUCUCCGACGAGUGAAAACUGUCUGGAAGUGACAGACAACACGUAGACAUGACUGUUAAAUAGCGAGAGCAAAAUGCCUGCUGACCAACAACUAUUCACUUUGUCUUUGGAAACUGGUCAUAUUUGGGUUUUCAAGAAAAAUGUAGACAUCUGUCUUAUAGUGCAUUCCUGUCAGUAAUCGGUUGUUUAAAACUAUAGUUUCACUUAAAGGUGACUUUUUAUGAAAACACAUUUUUCAGUGCUUUCGCAGAUACAUUUGGCUAUCUGGAGUGCUAAACUGUGAAACCCAGUCCGUCUCUGUGAAAACAGUUCAGAGUUCAACAAGCCGAUCAGUUUUGCCUCUCCUUCCUCUGUUCCUCCCCAGCUCAUCAGAAUACACUGCCCCCAAACUUAAUAAAAACAGUAUCACCAUUCGCUUAUAUACUGAAAUGGGGCAUUUCAAGAGGGGGGCUUGAAGAGGCAAGCGCAAAGACGAUGCAUUUCAGAUGUAAGGUUAAUGCAGGUAUCUUCAAACGUUAUGAUAUAAGAUUUUUUUCAACAUUAAGGCAUGUAAACAUAUUCUAGUAGAAACCCAAAACAUAAGAAUGAAUCUAAAACUGAGCAUGAUACAUCCCCUGAAGGUUAAUAAUUAUUGUGCUUUUGUCAAAAAUCUAUGUAUUAAAUGUAUAUCCUUUUUGCGAUAUACAUGUAAGACUAUGCAAUUACUAACAGUGUGAACACUUUUUCUCAUUUUGUAUCAAGUCAUUUUUUUAUACAAAUUUAAUUUAUAACUACAUAUUUGAAGCCGUAUGUAUUCUAAGUUGUUACAAUAUUUAAUGUAUUUGCAUGAUAAAUAUCUUAUUUAGUUUUUUUAUAGAUGCACGUUACCCCCAUGUACAUAUAGACACCUGCCUUAGCUUCUUCUCCUCUAGACAGAAAGUCAAAAAACAACAGCGCCAAAUCACCCUGAUGAAAUAAAAGAAUUUAUUCACUUUACAAAGGUAAAACUCUGACCAUGACCUGUUCUCUCACACACCUCCAGGCUCAAGUGCCCUAGUAAGCGUCUACCCAUGAUAUUGGCUUAUUUUGCAUUAUUACAUGCACACACACAUACACACCAGUAGGACCAUUGGUAAAACACUUAAGCUACAUACAGUACACAUAGUGGGCCGAAAGAGGGAGAGAAACACAAAUCUCUUUAAUAAAUACCAUGGAUACACUUAACAAAAGAUACAACUAAUCCAGCUGGUAUGAUACAAACCAAAAAUAAAGAAAUGCUUUCAUGUUUGUACAAGCUGUUGUGGUAUUUCAUAUAUAUAUAUAUAUAUAUUUAAAUCAUUUAUAUAUUAAAACUAUUUCAAACGUUUUACUACUAGGCCAAAUAAAGCCAGACAUUCAUUUGUAUACAACAGUUUCUUCUGCAAUAUCCUAUUUAUUUGAAAUAACUUUUAGUGUCUCCAGAACUUUUGAGUGCAAAUAUCUAUUCUUUAUAGAUGAAACAGUAAAAACAACUAGCGGGGUAUCACACACACUUACAUACAGUAGACUGUGUUGCACAUCUCCCAGUCGGAUACAGUAAAACCCCUUACAUUCCUAAAAAUAAAAGGCAAUAAGUUAAAUAGGAAUGGUCAACCAAACAAGUAUACAAACACAAACAUAUAAAUAAUUUAGAUAAUAAUAAAAAUAUUAUGCAAAACCAGGAGUGAACCUUUGUGUUUCUGCUCUGGGGGGGCAUUCAGGUUUGGACCAGACGGAUGGAAACAUUGAAAUAACAGGAGUAAAAUCAAACAGGAAUGUUCUAGCAGUGACACACACACACACACACACACACACACACACACACACACACACACACACACACACACACACACACACACACACACACACACACACACACCAAACCAGGAGAGGCAGCCAAAGGGGAGAGAAAAGCCGGA